UUCCCGGCUAGGCAAGCUGUAAUAUUCUGGUGAUUGGAAGAGUGAUAUGUAUAUUUCAUGUCCUGCUAGGCCUGAAGGAAGCUCAUUUAGGACCUUGCUGUGUUGAAGGCUGCUGCUGGCGAGAAGGGUGCAUGUGUUCCUGGACGGCAAAGUUGUAAGAGCUCCCAGAGGUGGAAGAAAUUUCAGGCUAGAAGGAUGGGCGGUUUCCUGAACUGUGGUUUGCUGAGUGGAGCAGUCAUUGGAGCGAUUCUAGCCAUCCUUGGAGGUGCCUUGAUACCGGUUGGAAACUAUUUUGUUGAGAAGACAGUAAAAAAGGAAACAGUCCUUGAAAAUGGUACAAUUGCAUAUGAGAACUGGCUAGUGCCCGGGAGUCCAGUCUAUAGGCAAUUUUGGAUCUUUGAUGUGCAAAACCCAGCAGAAGUAAUGGAAAAUGGAUCACAUCCAAUACUCAAGCAGAAAGGGCCUUAUACUUACAGGAUGCGCUAUCUGCCCAAAGAAAACAUCACUCAGCAUAACGACUCCACCGUGUCUUUCUACCAGCCAAAUAUUGCUCUCUUUCAGCCGCAUCUCUCAGUUGGGCCAGAAAGCGACACCUUCACAAUAGUCAACCUUGCCGUUGUGGCUGCACCUGCCUUGUAUCAAAGUGGCUUCAUACAAGCGUUGCUGGACAUUUGGGUGAAGUCAUCGAAGUCCCAAUUCCUUCAAAACAGGACUGUGAAAGAAAUUCUCUGGGGCUAUGAAGACCCUUUCUUGAAGAAAAUUCCGCUUCCAGGAGUUGAAAGGGUCGUUGGCAUAUUCCUUCCAUUUAAUGAGACAUUGGAUGGCCUUUAUAGAAUCCACAAUGGGAAAAAUGACACAAGCAAGACGGCACUCAUCGAGACUUAUAAGGACAAAACCACCCUUCCAUACUGGCCCGGAGGUUGUGCUAUGAUCAACGGCACAGAUGGGGCUUCCUUUCCACCUUUCGUCCAAAAGAGUGCAAGACUUGAUUUAUUUUCUUCUGAUAUUUGCAGAUCCAUCUACAGCCUCUUUGACAGUGAACAGACUGUGAAGGACAUCCCACUCUAUCGCUUCGUGGUCCCUCCAGGUGCUUUUGCAUCUCCUCUUGUCAAUCCUGACAACAUCUGCUUCUGCACAGAGAGAGAGAUAUCCCUGAAUUGCACAUUAGCUGGAGCACUGGACAUCAGUUCUUGCAAACAAGGAAAACCUGUAUACGUUACACUCCCCCACUUCCUCUAUGCAAGCGAAGAAAUUGCUCAAGGCGUUGAAGGCUUGCACCCAAAUCCGCCUGAGCAUAUGACCUUUUUGGAUGUAGAGCCAACCACAGGGUUUACACUACAGUUUGCCAAAAGACUGCAAAUCAAUUUGUUGGUGAGGCCUACUACAAAAAUUACCGCCCUAAAACAGAUCAAGCUGCCAUUUCUCUUUCCUAUUUUGUGGCUGAAUGAGACGGCCACUAUUGAUGAUAAUAAAGCUGCGUUUUUCCGAGAGAAAGUGACCAACAAGAUCAAGCUUCUGCAUCUGUUGGAAGCGGUGCUCAUCAUUGCUGGCAGUGUGAUGUUCCUCGGAUUCCUCGUCUCGUUCUUAGUAUGCCGAGCACAGAAAUCAAAAUAAGUAUCAAGCUGCUUCAGGUAUCAAGCUGCUGCAGAUGUAGGCGAUAGUCAUUUCAGACUUUAAACAAGGGAGGGUAAUGAACCUUCUGGGUGAACCUUCCUGAUGGCAUUGCUGGACUGUGCUUUGUAUGUGGCAAAUCAGCUUUGGAAGAAGUCCCGCCUCAGUGUGUUGAGUGAAGUACGUGCCUUUUGUCUGCUAGAACCCCAAAGAUGUUCAGAAGAGCCAAUUCUGAUAUCGCUAGAGAGACUGUCGUUAAAUCUGGCCUUCUGACAUUCUAUGAGAAUUUAAGACAUCUGAUCUGGACUCGAACUUUUGCUACCGUUUAUGCAGCUUGCUGUUGCUGCUGCCACAGUCUCUUCCAACCUGGGGAAUUCAAGAACGGGAAGAGAAGUUCUUUGCGUUAACUGUGUCCAGAAAUCACAGUAUCCUGCUCCCAAACAUGUUCAAUCAUUUGUUUUUCAUUCACACCUUCAAGAAGUUGAAGAAGCAUCUAAAAUUAAGCUGCUGUUCUUUCCCCCCCCCCAAAGAUGUGAAUUUAGAAGAUGAGAAAUGUAAAACACCAUUAAUUGUAACAUACGGAUUUCAGUAAAGGGUUUGUCAAAAAGACUGUCUGUAUUUCCUUGUUUUUGUACCCACGCUUGCAAGUCUAUGUGCAACUACACUCCUGCUUACUGCCAAAGUAGGGAUGGGUAAAUCUGCUAAUUUCAGUCUCCAUUUCACCUCCACUGCAUUUUAGUUCAGUUACCCACAUUUCCAUACCAGCUUGUGGAUUUUUAUUUUUAUUUUUAUUUUUUAAUCGUUGUGAAAAUUCACCUGAAAUUCCUCCAAAUAAGCACCUUUGUUUGCAAUUGUGGCCUAAUGUAACACAUUUCUGCAAAGCAAUUUUGUGUACUUGUGUAUGUUAGUUUCACUAAUACACACAUAUUUAUGUACAUUUGCAUUUUUGCACACAUUACCUGGCUGGAGAACUGCAUUGUAAAAUCUGAAGAAGUGCUGAUUUCAAAGGUUUCGGUUGGUGUCUUGUUUCAGAAAGGGCAAAUUUUGGUAGGCUCACCUUUAAAUGUGCAAGGAGUUGAAUUUAUCCCCUGUUACUGUGUUGCAGCCCUGAAAAGUAGACUCUCUAGCAUAUCGGGGGCUUCUCUUCACCAGAUAUACUGGUUGCAAAAAAAAAUAAUAAAUAAAUAAAUGUACAGCUUGAGUUGGAAAAGUCUUACAAAAUUCUCCCUGGCUUUGGGUGUAUGUGGCCAGUGCAAAUAUUAUUGGGAGGUGUUAAAUCUGGAGCAAAUAUCUUUCCCUGGUCACCCCUCCCUCUGCUUGCAGGCUAAGAAAUGUUGUUGAGGCCAAGGAUUGUGGCUUCCUUUGUUUCAGACCACUUUCUCCUCAGGUGCACCUAUAUUAAAAGUAAUCUCAAUAAAAUGCAGUACUCUUAAAA